AUGGAGAAAACACUCCCUCUCGCGGUCGAGCACAAUACCCCCAAAGCGCAACCCUACCUCCUACUACGACGUGUUCUCACUGUAGUGCCGCUCGUCGCCUUGAUCUUCUACGUCAACUGGACCCAUUUCAACACAGCGAUCAAGCCCACCUUCACCAACAAUGGAGGACAACACGAGACUUCGAAGUCACCAUGCCAUCAGCCAGCACCACUCUUCCCCGCCACAGACAAUGAUGCCUUGAAUCUCAUGUGGGAGCAUGUCGCCAGCGAGAGCUUCAGAAACGCUUCCAUCGUCAGGCACUCUGGUGCCAUCAAGAUCGAUACUUCUUCGUACGAUGACCUGGGACCGAUUGGUGAGGACAAGAGAUGGGAGGCAAUCAAACCGUUCCACGAUUACCUAGCAGAUACCUUCCCACGUAUACACGAGGAUCUGAAGGUUGAGAAGGUCAACACAUACGGUCUUUUGUACACAUGGCAAGGCAGCGACGAGAAGCUGAAGCCUCUCGUCCUUAUGGCCCACCAAGAUGUUGUCCCAGUCCCAGCCUCAACAGUCGAUGCAUGGACUCAUCCUCCCUUCAGCGGACACUACGAUGGUCGAUAUAUCUGGGGUCGUGGAUCAAGCGAUUGCAAGAAUCAGCUUAUUGCGGAGAUGGAGACGUUGGAGCUGCUGCUUGCUGCAGACUUCAAGCCAAAGAGGACAAUCAUUAUGUCUUUUGGUUUUGACGAAGAGAUCAGCGGAAGACAAGGUGCUGGACAUCUAUCCAAGUUCCUGAUUGACAGAUAUGGUGAGGACAGCAUUGCCGCGAUUGUUGAUGAAGGUGCUGGGUUCAGUGAGCAGUGGGGUCAAGUCUUCGCCCUCCCAGGCGUAGCAGAGAAAGGUUACACCGACGUCUCCAUCAUCGUUCGCUACCCAGGCGGCCAUUCCUCGAUCCCUACAGACCACACCAGUAUCGGCAUAGCCAGCGAGAUCAUCUCGAAGAUCGAGAGCGUACGAUACCCAACAUACAUUGCCGACGAGAGCCCCAUGCUCGGACUCAUGCAAUGUGGUGCCGAACACGCCCCGACAUUCCCAAAGAGACUGAAGAAACUGCUCGGCAAGCACAGCGCACCCAAGACAUGCAAAGCGAAGCCCGACGAACUAGCUCUUGAGCUCGCCAAAUCAGGUGGUGCGGUCCGCUACCUCAUGCAGACCUCCCAGGCCGUAGACGUGAUUACCGGAGGCGUCAAAGUCAACGCACUUCCCGAACGCACACAAGUGACAGUGAACCACCGCAUCAAUAUCGGCGACACACCGGAGACAGUACACCACCACCUCACCAAGCUCGUCAAGCCUAUAGCGGAGAAGUACAAUCUUACCCUCCACGCUUUCGACGGCAAAACGAAAGAAGCGCCCCUUUCGAUCUCCCUUUUCGCUUCGGCCACAACACUGAAAGUCGCGCCCAUCACACCGACAGAUACGAAAGAUGUUACACCAUACUCUAUCCUCGCCGGCACAACUCGUGCUGUCUACGGCGAAGGUGUUGUGGUUGCACCUGGCAUGAUGACGGGCAACACUGACACGAGGUAUUACUGGCCAAUCACCAAGCAUAUCUUCCGCUAUGGACCUGGCUAUGACCCGGCAGAUGGUGGCGGGUUGGGUAAUAUUCAUACUGUGGAUGAGAAGAUCAGUGUGGUCAAUCAUAUUGGGAUGGUGAAGUGGUUUACGUUGUUUUUGAGGAAUAUGGAUGUGGCCGAGCUCGAGUGA